GCCACGGGUGCUCUCCUGGAUUCGUUCGCUCAUCCGGGUGUAAGCGUCGGAGAGCCGGUUGGAGAGGAUCGCGAACGUAUGGUGCAGAUAUUCGUACGGCAGUUACUGCUUGCGCUCAAGCACCUUCAUGACAUGCGUAUUGCUCAUCUCGAUCUCCGACCGGAGACGAUCCUUCUGCAGGACAACAAGUUGAAACUAGCCGAUUUUGGGCAAUCAAGGAGACUACUACGUGGGCUGAUCACCGGAAAAAUUCAAGGAUCGCCAGAAUUCGUAUCACCAGAAAUUGUUCGUGGAUAUCCCCUAACAUUGGCAACGGAUAUGUGGAGUGCUGGUACUCUGACCUAUGUAUUACUAACUGGCAUCUCUCCGUUCCACGGUGAUAAUGACACCGAAACACUGGCAAAUGUAAGCAAUUGUGCUUAUUCUAUGAAGGGCGAUGAAUGGCGUGCAUUCACACCCGAAGCAGCUGAUUUCGUCAAACAUCUUCUUUUGGAAAUCCCAGGGGAAAGAAUGACCGUCGACGAGGCAUUGGAACAUCCAUGGCUAUCUGAUCCUUCCCUCAAGACGGCACCGCUAUCUGCCGAUAAACUUCGUGAAUUCAAGUAUCAGCAUAAAUGGCUGGUAAGGCAGUUGGUUCCAUUUUUUGUAUAA